UCACGUGAUGGUCAUGAUUUUCUGAAUCAUUGAGACCCUCAACAAAAUGUUCUUCGAAUAUAAUUAAUUAGGCCUAAAAGUUCAUUUUUUAUCCAAUCAACGUCUAGAUCCAAUUGAUAAAGUGAGACAAUGCAUGUUUAGACUAUAGCAAAAUGUUUGGCUUGUUGCCGCAUAUAAUCUUAUGUGUCUGGUCUGCUUGUCUAGCUAGAAUGACACCUGUGACCUGAUAAAGAAACAGGUUGAAGUUUUUUAUUUCCCACUGUGUCAACUGAAAAAAAGACAUGUUCAUUGUUCAGGUUUGAUAAAAAUUACUUCAGAGAUUUUGACACUUGUAAACUAGAACUGACAAUUUCUGCUCAGCUGACGGCAUGAGCAGCGGAGACUCAACAAAUGACGUCACCAGUGGGUCGGAGUCUGACGACUCGUCUGUCAGCUUCAGCAGCCCAGAGGAAGAACUGCUGAGUCAUGCCAGGAACGGACAGGAAGACAAACUUCUCCACCUGCUCAUCUCCACUGAUGGCUCAGGGAAUAAACUGGACAUCAACUGUAAAGGAGAGCAGAAGUCAAACAGAGGAUGGACUCCACUCCAUUUGGCAGCGUACUUUGGUCAGACGUCUGCUGUCAGGCUGUUGUUGGAGUUUGGAGCCAUUGUUGAUGUCUUGAACACAUCUGGUGAGUCACCACUGCACCUGUCAGCGUACACAGGUAGAGAGGAGGUAGUGGCUCUUCUGCUACAGCAUGGUGCUGACACUGGCAUUGUCAACACACUAGGUCAGACAGCAGCUGAUGUCACCAACUCCCAACACAUCAAAGAUAUGCUAGAAGCUGCCAAAACUUCAGACAAUUUAAAAAUUCAGUCAGAAUUUUUACAAGCAUCAGCCUUAGGAGACACAGAACACCUAGCCAGAUUGCUGGGUCAGGCAAGAUGUCUGAACGUAAACACACAGGACAAGUUAGGUAACUCCGCCCUCCACCUCGCUGCUUUACGCGGUCACGGUACAGCAGCCGCCUUCCUCCUGCAGCAUGGGAUUGAUUCCAGUCUACGGAAUGUUGCAGGUCUGACAGCGUAUGAUGUGGCCCAAAAUGUCAAGGUCAAACAAAUUUUAGGUCUCCAGCCAAUCAAAUCAUUGCAGAGCCAUCCUCAGAGGUUUGAGGGUGUUUUAUUGAAGAAAUCUCGUUUUGGUGGGUUCAAGCCAAUGUGGGUAGUUCUAGAGAGAGGCGUCCUCUCUUACUUUGUCAACAGGGGCGAUGCUUCAACUGGCUCCCACAGAAAAGGAAUGGAAUAUUUAGAUGAAGCUAAAGUUGUUACAAGCAGCGCUAACCCCAAUGAAUUCAGGCUGGAAUUUUCUGAUGGAUCACGGCACACACUGCAGGUUGUGGAUACGGAUAAUGGAUGUUACAUAACCCUACAGAAAUGGCUGUCUGCCCUGUCAGAACACAUAGCUUACAGCAACCAUUACAUUCACCAGAUGGAGCAGAGCAGUGAGGACACCGCAGACAACCUGCUCUCUCUUGGCACCAUGCAGGAGGCGCUGCAGACAGCUAGAGCCCACAGAGGACAUGUAGAGAAACAAGUUCAAAUCCUACAAGACACUCUGACAAGUCUGACAAGAAAAUUGGCACCUGACGCUCUCAUAAACAAACCUUUGAAGCAAGCAGAUCUGCAGGCAGUGACAGCCCAGACAGCAGACAUCCUGACAUCACAGACAGCAGACAUCCUGACAUCACAGACAGCAGACAUCCUGACAUCACAGACAGCAGAGAUUCUCAAGUCCUCCCAAGACAUGCUCAACUCACUCAGCCACUGUCUGAUACUGCUAACUCAGCAGGAGGAGCUCCGCCAGGGUCAGCUAACGGAAGAGCGCGAGCGAUGUCGUGUGCUGCAAGAUUCCCUCCACGCGCUGGCCACAGAACAUCAUGAACUAGAGAGGUCCUUCUCCAGACGACAGUCGUUUCUCUCCAUGGAUGAGGAGUUCUUUGAUUGUCCUGACGCAGGAUCCCCUGUCAUGGACGCCUUCGCUGACGCCAUUUCACAGGACUCGGCCGCUGAUGACGUCAACAGGGAGAAUGGGCAAAGCUUUGGAAGGACAAAACUUCCUGUGCCAAUGUUUUCAAGGGCAGACUUCAGUUUCUGGAGCAUCCUCAAGCAAUGUAUCGGCAAGGAACUGUCCAAGAUAACAAUGCCUGUGGUGUUUAAUGAGCCCCUGAGUUUCAUCCAAAGACUGGCAGAGUACCUCGAGUAUGCUCCACUCAUAGAAAAAGCUACUACCUGUGAUAACCCAGUAGAGAGGAUGGAGUAUGUUACAGCUUUUGCUGUGUCAGCUUUAUCCUCUAACUGGGAACGAAUUGGGAAACCUUUCAACCCACUCUUAGGUGAAACUUUUGAACUUGAUAGACCAGACCUUGGCUUCAGGUUUAUUGGUGAGCAAGUCAGCCACCAUCCUCCCAUCACUGCAGUACACGCAGAAGGGCGGGGCUACUGUAUACAUGGAUCUAUCCAACCCAAACUCAAGUUUUGGGGUAAAACUGUAGAGAUCAAUCCUAAAGGUAUCAUAUCUCUGGAGCUUUAUAAAUAUAAAGAAACCUACACAUGGCAGAAUGUCAACUGUUGUAUACACAAUGUGAUAGUAGGAAGCUUAUGGGUGGAACAUUAUGGUACAAUGGAGAUAGCCUGCAAUACAAGCAGCAUCAAAGCUGUGCUUAACUUCAAACAAAGUGGUUGGUUUGCUAAAGAUUUGCAUCAUGUUGAAGGAUACAUUUUCAAUGGAAAGAAAAAAGAGCGGGCCCUGUAUGGUAGUUGGGUGCUGGGCAUGUACUCAAGUCCAGCUGACGUAUACGACAAAUUUAUCAACGACACAGAGGCUGUGGCAAACUAUCGUGCUAAGUUUGAGCAUACACACAACCAUGAGAAGAAAGAUGCGCAAAAGAUGACACUGCUAACUUAUAACUACCAGCUCCAAAACCAGAAGACAAUCUGGUUAGUCAACCCACGCCCACCACACUCAUCUGAUUACUACCAUUUUUCCCUGUUUGCCAUGACUCUGAAUGAGCUGCUGCCAGGCAUGAAGCAAGCUCUCCCUCCUACAGACUCCAGGUUCAGGCCAGACAUUCGCAGUAUGGAGGAAGGAAAAAUUGAUCAGUCAGCAGAGGAGAAAAAUAGAGUGGAAGAAAAACAACGUGAAGCGAGAAAAGAAAGGAAGAAAAGGAGUAAAGAAUGGCAACCAAGAUGGUUCACCCUAACAAAAUCUGGAGGACGGGAGGACUGGGUGUUUAACCCAACCUACUGGCAGAAAAACUGGAAAGAUUGCGCUGAUAUAUUUUGAUUGGUUUCUAUGUUAUCAGGGUUUUCUUUUCAUUUCUCUGUACGUCACAUGACCAGGUCAGCUGACCGGGGCAUUUAGUUUUGUUCUAGAACAUUUCCGUCUUGUUUGUUUGGUGCCAGUCCCCACAGCACCCUGUUGGUCAUACCAUGUCCUGCUGUGGUCAGACUAGAAUAGUUGCCACAAGGACUGGAUGGAAAUGUUGAGAUGCAUGUUUCUCCUCUCAAGAAUUAGGCAGCUGUUGGAUGUUAACUCUUGUUUGAUCAGGACAUUCCAGCCUGGCAAGCCUUACAUUGGCUUCUCAUUCAUCUUGUUUCAUCUAUAGGAUAUUGUAUUAGGUCUUUUAUUCCUAUCACUUAGAAAAUAAUUUUUGAACCAGUGUAGUCAUGGCUUGCUCAUCUCCAAUAUGUAACUUAAUAUUGUGUGGGAAAUGUAAACAGUGGGGAGGCAACUAUGUUGUAUUGUCUAUUAUCUGCCCUUUGUCAGCUGUUAAUGGGGAGCCAUUUAAUCUUCACAUUUUAACUGAGUUAUUGAUUGACCUAAUUUAAAUAGUGGAGAUUUACUUCUUUACUCGCUCGCGAAAACCAUUUGAGACUUGGGAAUAUUCCAAUAAUUUGUAACCAAUGUAAGAAGUGGCUGAAGUUGGUCCCAUCAAAGUACAUUUGAUUACAUCAUGAAUGUCAAGCACAUGGCUCACACCAUAGUAUCAAAAUGUGUUUCUAGGAUAUUUCUUGAGCUAGCCAUAGACCGUGUAGCACUCAGCAUUCAUUCAUGUAGAUGAUAACUUCCUCAGGUCAAGCUAUAAAUAGUGUCACAUGUCCCAUUGCUGAUCACCACUUGUAUAUAAAAUAAACAAAUGUCUUAUUUCAGAUAUGCUGGGUUUUUUGUCUGUUAAAUUACCCUACUUUUUUGAUGCAGUAUCUCAUUAUGUAACUAGUUAUUAAAAUCAUUCAUUGACACUCAA